AUGGUUAUCUGCAAGGAAACAUGUGCAGUCAUUAUUGCUUUGCACAAAAAGGGCUUCACAGGGAAGGAUAUUGCUGCUAGUAAGGUUGCACCUAAAACUAUCAUUUAUCAGAUUAUCAAGACGAGAGGUUCAGUUAUUGUGAGGAAGGCUUCAGGGCGCCGAAGAAAGUCCAUCAAGAGCCAGGACUGUCUCAGCUGCAGGAUCGGGGGCACCACCAGUGCAGAGCUUGCUCAGGAAUGGCAGCAAGCCGGUGUGAGUACAUCUACAUGCACUGUGAGGCGAAGACUUUUGGAGGAAGGCCUGGUGUCAAGAAGGGCAGCAAAGAAGACAAUUCUCUCCAGAAAAAAAACCCAUAAGGGACAGACUGAUAUUCUGCAAAAGUACAGGGAUUGGACUCCUGAGGACUGGGGUAAAGUCAUCUUUUUUCCCGAUUGUUUGGAGCAUUUGGACAUAAGCUUGUUUUAA